UGUCGGUUUCCACGGUGAACCCGCACUGUGAGCAGCCACAUGUGUUUCAGCAGAACGGACUACAGGCGUUACUGAGUUAUGAGGAGCGGUGUAUUGUUGCUUCCUGGUGGCCUGGCUGUGGGGCUAUGCUGUUUUGGUCCAAUGGGUGGCGUCUUCUGAGCCGAGCUCACUGCCCGUCUUUCGCCAUGUACACCACCCGCCUCUACAACGCCGUGGGGGGAGGAGCGUCAGGAGGAGGAGGGGGGGGAAGUGGGGUUAAACAGGGGCGAAGGGCGAGACUGGCCAUGCUUGAAGCGCCCCACCCCCCUCACCCGCACCUUCCUCACCACCCACACCCGGCUCCACCUCCCCCUGCCUACCCGUUGUACCAGAGCCGUCCUGACGCCCACCGAGGUGCACACUUCCACCACUACCACCCCCAGCCUGGUCACCUGGCCCCACCUCCACUGCCUCCCCAUUACCAGCACCACACCCACUUCCACACAUACGGAGGGGGGGCUCCAGUCGGAGGGGCUGCCAUCGGCAGCAAGAAGAAGACGUGGAACUUCAUCCAUGAAAAGAUGAGCUAUGACACGUUCUUCACCAUGAAGCGUCUGAUUGAGCGCUCACAGCGGCCUGACGAGGUGCUGCGCUGGGUCACCCAGAACCCUGCCAAGGUCUCCCACAACCACUAUCCCAUCGCCCUGCAGAAAAUUGGACAGCUGCUGCAGACCACGCCACCGCUACGUACCCGAGGGGAUGACGCUGACACCGAGGCUGCAGGAGGAGGAGCAGAGGGGAAUGACGGACGACAGAUCCUGGAGCAUCAGGACUUCCAGACACUCUGCAGUGCCAUCAUAAGCGACUGUGCCAAGUUUGACAACUUCAGCAUUGUCAACUGUCUGUAUGCUGUGGCAGCACUUGGUCUUCCUAGUGACUCUCAGGUGGUCCAGGUGUUGGAGGGAGAGUCUCAGUCCAGACUGAACCAGUUUAACCAGAAGGAUGUGUCCAUGGUGUUCAGCUCCAGUAUGAAGCUACACCCGGGCAGUCAGCACCCCCUGACUGAGGCCUGCCUGGCCGGCCUGGAGAAGAACCUGGAGAGAGAGCGCCACCCGCAGACACUGUUCCUGUUGCUGUCCUACUACAGACUGAAGUGGCGGUCGCUGCAGCCACAGGAACCCGCAAACCCUGAACAGCUGCUCACCAACAGGAAGAUCUUACGCCUGGUCAAACACACGCUGGCAAGUGUCAGCGGAGUUCGUGACCAGGAGAUGGCUCUGUUGGACGAGAUGCUGGCGGUGUGUGCUAGAGAAGCGAGCAACAAGAGCCUGGAGUUGAUCUUUAGCUCUCACCUGUUCUACCAGAACAGACAGGAGAGGUUCAUCAGCAGUUUGGCUGAGGAGCUGCCAAAGAAGGUGGACAGCAUCACUCCGUACACGAUGGCCCUGAUCGCCAAAUAUAUCGCCCGCCAUCGAUUGAGAGAGACUCGACUGCUCGACACCAUCGCAGACUUCCUAGUGAAAAAGGCAGAAUACCUGGACACUAAGGUGAUCCAAAAGCUGGUGUUCCCAUUCAGCAGAAUGAGUUAUCGUCCAUCCAGCGAGCAGCAGUUCUUCUCUCGGUUGGAGGAGGUGGUGGAGCUGAAGGCGCUUAGCUCACCGCUCGCCACCGUCAACAUUCUCAUGUCUCUGUUCCAGCUGGGACAUUUCCCCGGCUUAGUGCUGCAUCGAGUCUUCUCCUCUGCCUUCAUCAGCAACGUCACCAACAGUCCGUACGCUCUGAUUGUCCGGAGGUACCUGUCACUGCUGGAUGCUGCUGUGGAGUUGGAGUACCGUGAGUACACUGGACCACGGCUGCAGGACGCCCAUAAGGUCCUGAUGUUUGAUCACGCCUUGACUGCUGAUGAGGUCAACCGCAAAUACAGUUAUAAGGGUUUGGUGGCUGAGGCCUUGCGUCAGCUCGUUGGAGAACAAAACUACAAACAAGAUGAAGUACUUGCCCCAGGAUACUACACAGACUUUCUGUUGUGGAUGGACAGUUCUGGUCGGGUCCUGCCCAUCAGGACUGGAGCUGGUCUUGCUCUGAGCAUUGUUCCUUCGUCCUGUGUUGCCGUGACAUCCAAACCAGCUGAUGGUCCAGUUACCGUGGUGACUGCAGAGUUUCAGAAGUUCUCUCCAUUCACGGUGCUAGAAGAUGGCACUGAGCAGCCAUGUCAGGUGAGUGAGGCCAUGGGGGGGACCAUAGAGCCCAGGUCCUAUCUGCCCCACCACAUCCGAAGCACAUCGGGGACCACAGUGCCCUCGGGGCCCUCUCGUCCUGGGACUAAUGACGCCACUUUGGACUAUGGCCCAUACUAUGUCCCUGCGGUGGAGUACUACUCCAGUCUGGCAAAGGAGCACUCUCUGGAAAGCCAAGAUAGCUCCACGCUCAGCAGCCCCCCCUCUGAUGGCCUAGCCCCACCUGGGGGCCAGGGACCUGCAGGGGCCACAGCCUCAGAUUCGCUCUUCCAGUUUUCCAUCAGGAAGAUCUUGGAGGACGAUGGAGGGACGACGACCUCAGGGGGUCAGGAGACCGAGUGUGAGCUGCCGGCUUUUUACGAAGGCGUGUCCUAUUCUGAGGGGUCCGGGGCCGACAGAGGACCCCCAUCACCACCAGAACUCCACCCCCCUGAUCGACCAGAGGCCAGCAACCUCCCAGCAGACCAGAGACAGGUCAGGAGGGUCAUCAUGUCCGUCAACGAUAAGUGGCAUUACUGCCACAACUCUGAGGUUCUGGUUGGCUCCCGGGCCAUGAGAGACCGACACCUGAGGCUGCUGGGAUACUUCAUCCUUCAGCUGCCAUACCAUGAGCUGGAGAAGCUGAACGGCAUCGAGGAGGUGAAGCAGUACCUGCACAAGAAGUUGCUGGACAUCCCGCUAUGACGCUGUAUGUGUGUGUGUCUGUGCGCAUGUGAGUGUGUGUGGAGGUCUGUAGUGCAAGUCUGGGUGAGAGGUCGGCAGUUUAUUAGCAGAGCACUCUGAACAGUGAUAUUGUCUGUGAGGAUUCACCUGCACAUUAAUGGCAUUUUUAAUCUUCUCAUGGUUCUUUAUCAGUUUGUUCUCAUUGGGUUUUCCACAGUCUUCAAAGGUUUUCUGUUUUUCAUCACAGAAAACGGAACUGUCAACUGUGGACUCUGUCAGAAACCAAACGAGUAAUUAGUUCAUUAAAGAAACCAAUGGAUGAAUAAAUAAUGAAUAUGAUCAGGAGCUCACAUUCAGAUUAUUAAUGGGCAUGUCGACCCUCGCACUCCCAUCAGGCGAGAAAGGAUCACCCCGCUGCUUUAUAAACAUUUUCCCAACCAGCCAUCAGUGUUUCAAACUGUUUUAAAGUCACUGCAGAGAAUGAAAUCUGUGAUCAGGGCUGGAGAGGUAGUCCAUACUCUUCUAGAAGAACUCCAGAAGCCACCAAAUGAACUCUGCACCAUUUUACCACCAUUUCAAAUACACACAUUUCCCUUACUUGUCUUAUCUAAGUCCUGCCCGCAUAACUUUUGAGGAAAAGAUGCAAGGAAUAAAUGUGAGGACAGAGGAACCAGGUCACACGUUUAAAAGGACAAGACGUCCUUUCCUCUGAUUCUUUAUCUGAAGCGUCCAAUCACCAACUGAUUUACAAUCGAGGGGCAAGUUGCUCCAUAAAGACGGCAAAUGAUGCACUCUUGUGUCCUGGCCCAACAACAGAUGUAAGAGUUUUGGGACGCCCUUCAUAAUGGCGGAUUAGAACGACUUCCACGUUGAGUGAUUAUUGAGGAGCAAGGAAUAAUAAAGAUAUGGAAUUGGGUGGGAUUCAGCUAAAGAUUGCAUUUGGAAGGUGGUCAGCAGAAAAUUAAAAAAUACAAACAAAAUAAAACAGCAGACUGGUCCUUUAACGUGUCAUUUGGUUUGCUGUGAUUGGUCACUGUGUGGACAAACAAAAGUAAUUUUUUUUUAGUUACUGUUGUUCGGCCGGGGGUGGGGGAAUCUCUUUUAUAAUGUUUAGUAACCAUGGUAAUGAUGGCGAUGCAUGUGCUUGGGGACGUCUCUUUUAUAAAACCAGAUUAUGGAGGCAGGGGUUGUUUUAUUUCUCUAGCGAGAGUAGGGGCUGAUGGGUACUGUAGUUCUCUCCGAGUGACCAUGGUAACAUGGUGUGUGCCAAAGGAUCAGUUAGUAUGAUGAGUGGCUGUUGAGGUCAAAGGUCUGAUUAUUUAUUUGUGUAUCAGGUGAUGGAGGGAUGUUUGAGAGGAGAGACACUUGUUUAUAUUCUAUAAAUCCACUGAUUCAAAUGUCUAUAAAGGCUGAAAGCAAACUGGACCAUGUGUCAUUUUUAUGAGGAGUGAAACGGUUUAUUAUUGUGA